AUGGCCACCGAGGUAUUUCCCGUCAUUGAUGUAUCUUGUUUGGACGACUUUACCCCCAAAUCUGCCGAGAUCACAAGAGCUUGCCAGGACUGGGGUUUUUUCAUCUUGACUGGGUACGGCAUUCCCCAAGCCACCAUUGAUCGAAUGUUUGCAUUGAACCAGGGAUUUUGUGCACUAUCCCCGAGUGAAAAGUCCAAGUUUCCCAUCGACCAACGACAGAUUGGAUACGACUUGAAGCAUUCCAAGUCUGGAGCCCAUGAAUCCAUGGUGUUUGGUGGUGUCAAGGGUGAAGUCCAAGACACCCAUGGCUUGAACACGUACUGGGAUGCUGCUAAACGCGAGGAAAUCGAGACAUUCAAAGCCCAAUGCCAUGAACUGUCGCACAAACUUUUAAGGACUUUUGCUCAAGAGUUUGGCCUUCCCUCGACCUACUUCUCUGAAGCGCACAGUGAUGCCAGCAAUCCCCCCAACGUUCUCCGCAUGCUGCAUUAUCCGAAAUUCGAGACACGACCCGCCAAUGAUAUUCCCCGAAUCAAGGCCCAUACCGAUUGGGGCUCAAUCACGUUUGUUUUUCCACGAUCGGGCGGGCUGGAAGUCGAAACUCCAUCAGGAGAGUGGCUCGAGGUCCCGCUGGUUCCGGGCGGCGUUGUGGUCAAUAUUGGCGACGCGUUGCAUCUUUGGAGCGGCAGGGCUCUCAAGUCAACCCUGCACAGGAUUUCCUUUGACAGACUACCCAUAGACCAGGAUCGGUGGUCUAUUGCUUACUUUGUCAAUGCUAACAAUGACUCCCGACUCGAAGUCCUCCAAAAGCAAGCUGAUGGUACGCAUGCGCCUCAGCCUGGUGGCAUUGUUCUCACGGCAGGAGAGUACUACGAUGCUCGCAUGUAUGGCUCGCGUCUCAAUGAUGCUGAACGUAACUGGGUUUCGAAAGCCACCAAUCUGGAUUACUAUGAGGGACUACUCAAAAAGGUUCAGCAAGUCGGUGUAGCUGACCACUCGGUUGUCGCUGACAAGCUUGUCGCCGUUUAA